AAAGCGUGGAACCGACCGUUCGCGAAUAUAAAGGAGGUGACGCACUCUGGUUAUUUCACUGACACUCUUAAUCAAAAAGAAUGCGGUCGCUAUGUUUGUUUGUGUGGAGCGCGCAUUUUGCGUGUUGCGUCAUCGUCACGUGUUCGCCACAAACAGGGAUUAUGCAGGCAAGGGAAAACCAGAAUCACCGAUUUCAAGGUGAUGACUUCAAGGAUAUCUGCACCGAAGGAAGCGUCGGGUAUAAAACAUGUCACGAAAUGGGAGCGUUCUGCUCACCAAUUCAAGCCAAAAAAACAUUUCAAUGUGACUGUUGGCGCGAAGAUCUAUACUACGACGCAAAUGAAACAAUGUGCAAGCAUUGGCAAUCGUGUGAACCAAACCCAUGUCGGUAUGGAAAAUGCACCGAUCAAGGCGGAAAGAAGCCAAGGAGCUGUUCCUGUCCUAGAAUGAAGGACCUAUACGAAAACUGCCAGAUAAAAAAGGAGAAGGAGCUCAGUUGUGAAGAGGCUCAGGCGAUUGCAAGAAUUGAUCAAAACGGAAGAGUUUACUGCGAUUGCGGGCCAGCCAAGACAUACCAUAACGGAAAAUGUGAACUGACAGGCUGCCUUAACUACAGUAAGACCUGCCAAGAUCUAUGCAAUGACAACAUCUUGUACAAGGACGACCGUUGCUGCGAGGGGUGGAAUGCAUCAAACUGUUCAAGGCCUCCGAUUGCGUCAACGUUCUGCCCCACUGGAUAUGUACGUCUUCGUGGCCAAUGCCGAGAUGCAUGUACGGCAAACGUAACUUCACCGAUUUGUCCUGAGGGAUGUACCCCAAUGACCAAUGACCAGAUGCCGUUCCAUUGCAAAUGCAAAUCGGGAUUUGAGCUUGCGGAGGAUGGACUGACAUGCAGGGAAAAAGUGGUGUGCAAUGAAGAAGAAAAGAAGAAAUGCCACGAGAGUGAGAUUUGCACUAUUAUUGACACCAAAGCAGUGUGCACAUGUGCAGAAGGACUACAGAGGUUGAAUGGUGUUUGCACAGAUAAGUGUACCACGAAGUGCGACCACAAGUUCGCGAAGUGCGUAAUUAUAGACCGCUAUGAAAGGUGCACUUGCAUCUACCCUCUCUCUAAAACCUCCAAUGGCAAUCAAAUGUGCACUUUAGAAUUUUAUUCUUAUAUUUUGGUUUUUCAAACAAACGACACUGAGCCAUACACUUCGUCGUUUUGCGACAACAAGCUCCCGGAUAUUACUUCGGCUCUUAAGGUUGUUUUUGGGAGGGAGCUCCUGAAAGUUGAAACAGUCAGCUGCAAAAAUGAGUUCGUCUUGCGCCUUGUUUUUGAAAAUAAACAACACCCUGCAGUGCUCAGACGGAUGAGCAAUUGCCAAUACCCACAAGGCGAUGUGUGCAUAUUUCCCCCCAAACUGAACGUCAAAGCCGCCUCCCUCAAAGCUAUUGAAGAAGAGAAUUUGUGCGCAGGAAUACUACAAGAGCUAUUUAACGUCUCGGACGCUUCCUCUGAAUGCACUAAAGAGGAAGACAACUAUACAAUUAGGUGCAGAGAAGGCUUCACAGCCUAUGGUGAAGUAAAAUCAGGGCGCUUGACAAGGUGGUCCUGCAAAGCAAAGGAUCUACUGACAUCAUCAUCAACAGAAAGUAAUGCGCCUGAGACCAUUUCCCCUGAGGCCGGAAGCAGAGAGACAACCACGUUGAACAAUCCUGAAGACCCCUGCAUAAGCAUUCCUUGCUUCAAUAAUGGCCUUUGCAAAAAAGGACCGAAAAAUACAUAUAUGUGCGAAUGCAAACAAGGAUUUUCUGGAGAGCGUUGUGAAAGAAAUGCGGGUAAAAAGCUUGAGGCGCAGGUUGUAGCGGUCAUCACAUUUUUAAUCGGCAUGCAGCUUUCGCUGCGGUGGAUGUUUGGUUUGGCCUAAAUUAUCAGAUAUCUGUAAAAGGCUGAACAUAGAAAGGCUAUAAACGUUGUGGAAACUAACGUCGUGUGAUGUUGGUCAUUGAAGUCCGAAGAUUGUUACGCCAAUAAAAAUACAUCGAAAUACCUUGCA